AUGAAUUAAAUGGAUGGAUUGAUUGAAGAGAAUACAUAAUUAAAGAAAGCUAUCAUAUCAUCAAAAGCUGUUAUAUCAAGAAAGAUAAGUAAUAUAAUUAUAACAUAAUUUAGAUGAAUUUGAAACUUUACAAGCUAUUAAUGAUGAAUUAAAAUUAUAAGUUGAUAAAUUGAAAUUGGAGAAUAAUGAAUUGAAUCAAAAAUUUAGAAUUGCACUUCAUGAAAAAAAGUAAACUGAAUAAUAAUUUGAUAAUGCCAGCAAAAAUUGGAAAUUAUUAAUAGAACAAAAAUAAAGAGAACUUGAUGAAAUCUAAAAUAAAUUAAGUCCAUCUUUUGAUUAAGAUAUGAUUAGAAUUAAAUUAUUAAAUGAAUUAGAAAUACCUCAUAGAUAAUAACUAGAUGUUAAAUAAAAUGAAAUUGAAAAGUUAAAUGAAAUUAUUUAUCAACUUAAAAGAAAUUUGGAUCUUGAAAUUGCAAAAGUAGAAACAACUAAAUUAGAAAAUGUUAAAGAAAUUAAAUUAAUUCAAGACAGAUUUAAAUUAGAUAUGUCUGAUUUAUAACAUUAAAUAGAAGAACUUACAAAAAUAAUAGAAGAUAGUAAAGAUAGAGAUGUAAUAAGAAGAUUAAGAAAAGAUUUAGAUGAAUAUAAAUUGAAAUUUAAUAAUGCAGAUACUGAAAAUUAAGAUUUAAGAAAUGAAAGAGAUAAAAUAAGAGAAGAAAAAAAUGAAAUCAUGAUUAAAUUUUCUAGAUAAAUAGAUUAAGAAAGAAAUGAUAAACGUUAAUAUAAAAGUGAUUUUGAUAAAAUACAAGUUAGAACCAGAUUUAUUGAAGAUGAAUUAAGAAAAGAAAAAUAAAGAAGAGAAUAAGUUGCUACAGAUUUUGAAAUAUUGAAAACUGAUAAAGAUUAAUUAUUAACUGAAAUAAGAAAGAAAGAUGACACUAUACAUUAUCUAUAAAGAAAGAUUGGAGAUAUGGAAGAAGAAUAAUUAGAAUAAGAAUAAAAAGUUUAAGAUAAAUUAACUCGUCUUUAUUAAGAUGAACAUGAUAAAUAUUUAUAAGAAAGGAAUAAAGCUGUUACAUUAUAGAAAGAUCUUGAUAAUUUAAAGAAAAGAUUUAGUGAUUUAUAAGAUGAUUAUAAAAUACUUAAAGAUAGAUACUUAAAGGAAAAUAAUGAUAAUAAGGAUAAUAAUAAAACUUAAAAUGAAGAAAUAGAAAAAUUAAAGAAGAUAUUAUCAUAAUAACUUAAAGAUAUUGGUGAUUUAGAAAGAUCAAAUAAAAAUAGAGAAGAAUAAAUACAUGAUAUUGAAAAUGAAAAUGAAACUUUAAAAAGAAGAAAUAGAGAAUUACAACAUAGAAUAUAAUUAAUUGAAGUUAAUCCUUUACCCUCCCCCUAAUAAGCAUAAAUGAUAUUUAAUUAAUCAUAAUUCCCUAGUUUUGCUUAAGUCCCUCAAUAUGCUUAAUAGAUAUAAGAAUAAUAUGAUACUAAACCUAAAUAAAAUAUUGUUGUUUAAUCAGAAAAUGAACCUUAAAAUUAAAAUUAAACUUAGGCAUAAAAAUAAACUAUGUAAUAAAUUACAGAAGAAAAUAGAACAUUAAUUCAAAAAAAUAAGAAACUUAAUAAAAAAUUAAAGGAAGCUAAUGAUAAAAUUUUAGAACUUUCUAUGAAAAAUACUCUUUUAGAAAAGUAAUUAUAAAGAUAACAUUCAGUACCUUCUAUUUCACAUUAAGGAUAUGAAGGUAAUUACACACAUUCUUAAUCUCCUCUUAGAUACAAUUAUGAAAACUAUGAAUAAUAAGAUACUAGGUAGAUAUAGUAAAUUCAUACUGAUACUAGAUUAGAUAGAUUUGAUAAAUAGGAUAGAUAUAGUUAACCAAAUUAAGAUAAAUAUAGAUCUCGAAAUUAAUCAGGAAUGAAUUAAUAAUCUAAAUAGGGUUAUUAUAAUGAGAUUCAUGAAGAUGAUUUACUUAAUAAAGUAAUGAUGUUAACUAAUAAUAAUAAUAAUACAGGUUAGACUAAAUAUUGGUGA